AUGAAUUCAAUACUUUAUAAAAAAAUAAAAUUAACGGAUGAUACAGUAAAAAAUUUUAAUGUAAUAAGAGCAUUUAAAUAUAAGCAAUCCAUUACAAAAAAUAUAUCAUGGAGUUGUGAUGGCGAAUUAUUAUUAGCUUCUAAUGGUAACGAUUCAAUUACAUUAUAUAGUUUAAUAAAAGGUAAUAAUAUAAAAACUUUAUAUAGUAAAAAAUCUGGUGUGGAUGUUGUUCGUUUUCUGAACAAUACAAACGAAGUAAUUAUAUGCUCCACAAAAUCUAAUAAUACGGAACAUAAACAAUUUUUACGUUUUUGGGAUAUAAAAGAAAAUAAAUAUAUAAAAUCGUUACCACAAAUUGGAAAUAUAUGUGAAUUAAAUGGUAUCUCUAUUAAUUAUAAUAAAAAAUUAAUGCUUGUUAAUUCAGAUGAUGGACAUGUAAAGUUAUAUUAUUUUAAUUGUGACUCCCCAUUAAUUCUUUAUAAGUCAAAUUUUGUAAGACCAGUUUCUUGUUUUGAUAAUGAAGGCCAUAUAUUUAUAGCAUCCUAUGGUAAAAAAGAAAUUCAUUUUUAUGAUUUAUUAAUGUAUGAUCGUGGCGAAUACAAUAUUAUAGAUUUGAAAAAUAUUAUGACAAAUGAAGAAUUUAUAACCAACCUAUUUUUUACUCCAGAUAAUAAAUAUAUUAUUAUUUCUACUAAUCAUAAUAAUCAUUAUAAAAUAGAUUCUAUUACAGGUACUUAUAUUUGUACUUAUAAAUAUCCACGUUCAGCAAAUCAACAAUAUGACAUGUCCAAUACAACAAAGGAUAUUAUUAACCAAUAUACGUAUUCACAAAUAAAUGAUAAACGUCAACAGACAUUAAAUAAUACAAAUGAAAAAAAUAUUUAUUUUCAAAAUAGGAAUGAUAUGUUUUUUAUGCCAACCAUUACACCCGAUGGUCACUAUGUCAUGUGUGGGGGGAAAGAUGCGGGCAUUCAUAUUUGGUCUGAAGGAGGAAACCAUGUAACAACUUUAUAUGGACAUGAAGGCCCUCCCAACAAUGUUAGUUUUAAUCCGAAGUGCUCCGUUUUGGCUUCUAGCUGCUUAAAUAUAGCAUUGUGGCAACCUUCAUUAUAA